AUGUCAAAGAGUGGGGUGGCAAACAUGGUCUGUACAUGUGUGUUGUGGACAGCUUGCAUGUGGGGACAUACAUUCAUGUACAGAGUCUGGGCACUUGCUGCGAUGAUCAUGUCCCGGUGCUGCGGUGGCCACCGUUGCCGCACAUUUGUCCGAUUCCUAGUGCCAUGUCCGGACUUCGCGGGUAGAGUUUUGGUUAUUGGUCGGGGCAAAGAAGAUGACGAUGUCAGCGAGAAGUACAAGGCAAGGGGAAUUCACCGACCUACGGGCAUACAAGAGCCGCAUUCGUAG